ACAAAGCUCGAGGCCUGGGUACUUGUCCGGAAACGUCAACAAAGACAAAUCACACUAUUCGAGGAAGUUUGUCCCCGACUAACACGCCCCUGCCACCCGGGCUCUGGCUUUGUUCACGAGCCCAGCCAUAUCUCGCAUGACGGCUCCUAAGCUUCACAACCUGAGCUUGAGCUUCAAAUCCCCAUUACAUACCGUACAUAGCAUUAUUUGAAGCAUCAACCAGAUUUCAGCAUGAACGUACAGCCAGCCGGCAAUGCGCCGCAGCGGCCGCCGCCAUCACCAUGGCUCCAAAAGUUCGGCCGCCCUCACGGGACUGUUAUUCACAGUGGGCAGUCAAACCUCCGCCACUCCGGACUAGCACCGAUGUUCCCCCAGCUCGACCCGACUUGCCACGCCGACAGCCUUCCGUCCGACCCGAUCCCCAGGCCACCCGACCACGAGCUCGACGAGCUGUUUACCACCGAGAGGACUCAGAUAGACGCCAACCUGGGGCUGACAACCUGGGAGAUGGGCACCCUCCACGAGCACCUGGUCAAUGGCUGGCCGGGUGGCCAUCGCAGUGAUGAUCCUCCCAUGCCGCACAUCCUGGAGCAGGGCUACGGAGUCGACGUCGACGAGGAUCUCUGGCAUCCGGUAUUUGCAAAGGGCAAGUGGUACGACUUCCGCGUGCCCAUCCUGGACCGGAAAUUUCUUUCCGGUAGUCUGGACGGGAUUGCACCGGACGACGUGUGGAGCGUCGACGUUCCCCGGGUGUGGAAGGAAUUGCGUGUCCCGCUGGAGCUGGCAAACCGCUGGCUGCGCCACAUGGCCAAGGGCCGCUGGCUGAAUCAUGUGGUUCAUGAGGACCGGGAGGAGUGGAUGCAGGCAACGCCGCGUCCUAGCUUUGUGCCGCCUCCUGGCUAUAGCCCAUCUCCUGGAGAGGCGAACCAGGAGCAGUUUGAGCCUUCUCUCGGUCCGAACGGAAAGCCCUGGAGGAUUCCGGCCAGGGGAAAGGUAACGGACUACGACAGCGACGUGACGUUGAUGGAGAUUGCGAACCGGCUGCGAUCAAAGCAUAUCUGGACGUUCGUGGACGAUGGCCAUCAUAAGAAGGAUGGUGAUGACAGCGAUGAGUUAUAUGGCAGGACGAUUCGGGAAUACAACCGUGACGAGGAGCCCCCGCAGGGCACGCCGCACCCGGAGAGACCGCGCCCCGUUAUCGUCACGUACAUUCACGUAUCACCUCUCCGUGUGCUGCUGAAUCCGGCUUCGACCCUGUCCGAAAGGUGCCAUUCGACGUGGUGUCUGGCCAUGACGAUUCUCCAUGAACUUAUGCAUGCCAUCAACGCCGCUACACACGAUUCUUGGAGAGACAUGGGAUUUGAGCCUUUCUACGGUAAUGAGUGGGCCUCGGAGCUCGGCCAAUCGGCCAUCAACAGCUUCUUCGGCGGAGACGUCAGCGAGGCUCCAAAGAUCCAGACCCCUGGCAAGCCAGGCCACAAGUAUGGCCUUGCAACAGUCGACUUCCCCGCGCCGCCUGGCGUGGAAAGUCUCAUCGCCAUCAACAAUGUCCCGGUCAUACACCUCGGCCAAGUCACGCAGACGUACCCCUUACCCACCGCCUGGGUUUCUUCCACCCUCCUCCAAUCCUUCUACGAAACCGCCGCCCAGAAGUAUGGCCUCGCCGCCUUCCAAGCCCCCAAGCUCUUCGCCUCCCGCAAGGUCUGGCGCGGCUUCUACUUCCGGGUCCACCGCGCCCAGCCCCUUCCCAACCCGUCUUCCCUCGUCGCCCCCUCCACCGCCGCUGACCCGGGUCUCUCUCAACCCCUCCGAGACACCCACAACGCCCUGCUGGCACGUCGCCGAGUUUACGAUCGCAUCCGGCCCUGGUACCCCUCCGAGUACUACCGGUGGCAGCUCACCCCCUACGCCAACGUCGCCUGUCGCGCCAUCAUCAAGAAAUUCUCUGCCGCCGUGCAGCGCAGCAGGCGGAUAGCAGACUCAGACGGUGCCGAGCGCGACGGCGCCCGAGCCGUUUCCGGGAUCUACCACUACCUAAACGAUCAUCAAAUGCGUCGAGGGUUGGACGAGCCAUGGCCGCGCACCAUGUGGUUCUAUGCCGCGCUCACGGCGAUGAUGCGAGCCGUGCUGCCCGGGCGCGAGACGACGGUGGGCCGCGACCAUCCCUUCCGGGUGGCCAAGAACGUCUGGUUCCCCAGCCAGGCGUGCGUCCAGGCGCGGAAUAACCGCUGGGAGCCCCCUGCGACGAGGAACGUGUACCAGGGCUCCUCGAGGAUGUAUUACAUGUACGAGCGACACCCAGGGGGCGUGAAUAACCGCAUUUGGCUGCUGGAGCAGGCGAGGGAUAUCGUGCGAGGUCAGAUUGCGGUGAGUCCGGUGCCGACACCGUUGGCAUACGCGUUGGAGACCGAGGUUCAGAGGCUGUUGCAGGAGGCCGCCUUCGAGGUGGUGGACAAUGACGAAUGGUUGGACUGGGAGUUUGAGCUGCCCCCGUACACCACGGACAUUGUCACAGCCCAUGAGGACGCUCAACAAGGGAUGUUCCUGGUUCCGUGGCAAGGCUUUCCGGGCGGUUGGCCGCAACCCGGUGAUCAGGAUUUAGAGCUCUCCCCCCGCGCUCCGCAGAUGCAGGCAAUGGCCGCGCGCGUGGUGCUUGAAGGUUAUCGAGCGCCCGGCCGCCGUGGCACUCGACGGCCGACGACAUAUUUCACUGUCUCGGAGGUGGGGGAAAUGAUGUCGGAUGAUCGAACAGGACCGAACUGGGCUCUGCUCCGCGACGGUCAGGGAGGCUAUGAUGUUUUCGAUCUUAGUGAUAUCCUGACUGAAGACCCGGCCAUCGACCUUGGGACAAUCCUUGCGUGGUCGUCACUUGGCCGCGUGAUCGUUUCCAGCGAGAUCAUAGCUGCCAUUCAAGCCGACGACCAAAGGCCCCUCGGAAAGCUGCUGACUUGGCGGCACUUGCAAGAAGUCCAUGAGCACGAUGGCAAGGACGGCCGUGACUUGUGGUGUGUCAUCGGGCAGUUCAUCUACGACAUCACCUAUUUCCCCUUCCACUCCGACAAAGAAAAGCAGGCUCUCAUUGCGCUCACGGCGGGCGAGGAACCACAAGCGGAGGUGUUGGAUGCUCUCAACAUGCCAGGUCUGUUCAAGCGCCUCGCCCCGUACAUCUGCGGGUUCGUCAGACAGUCAGCGCCGUCGGCUCCCGCGAGGGAGCGAAUAUUCACACGGGCCGAGUUGAAGAGAUACAUCUAUCCCGAGAUUGGCAUGUACUGUGAGAUAGAUGGCCACGUGUAUGAUCUUGGGCGCUACCUCCAAUCCCACCCAGGCGGUGCAGAGAUCCUCCGGCAGUACGCGGGCACCGACGCCACUGAGGCAUUCCGGAACGCACAUGGCGACUGGGCGAGCACGUUGAAGGCGCACAGUGCGUUGCGCGUCGGGCGUAUUGUAGAAGGCAGGAACCCUAGCGACCGCCUCGACGACGAGGAGAUCGUACUCUUUAGCGAGGUGUUCCUGAUCCGGGAGCUUAUCGCCGAUUAUGAAGCCUUAUACGAUGAUCUCCGACCCUUUGGCGGCACCGACGCGACCCAGGCCCUGAAGGAAAUGGAUGCCCUAGGAGCCCUUCGUCAGCUGCUGAGCAUGAAACAUCUCGUCUGCGCAAAGGUACUAGUCCCCAGACGGCGGAUAACGGACGCCGAGCUACAGAAACGCAAUCGUCUGCCUGACAAGUCCGAGCGGCGGAAGAGACCCCGGGCCGACGACACGAAGUGGCGCGCGUGGAUAUCAGUUGCAGAAAUGCCGGGGACUUCCAUGUCGGAGGGGUUGCGAAGGGUGUAUGAUGUGACCAUUCCCAUGAUGUAUGGGGGCGCAGAGUUGGAGGACAAGCUCCGGCCUUGGCUGGGCAAGGAUGUCGAGGAUGAAGAGCUCGCAGCCCGGUUGGAAGCCCACUAUACCGGAUUCAUCAUCGGCGAGAUUGUGAGGCCCGGAAGCGCCGCCGACAUCGGCCAGCGGCAUGGCGCAGACGCAGCCCGCAAAGCACAAAUACUGGGCUCCAGACACCGGUGGGGACGUCGAGGCCUUGGGAGUUCGAGGAGGCGCACCGGUGCCCAGGAUAACGACGACCGCGAGACUGCGAGGAGGUCCAACAAGCGGUCGAAGCUGCGAAGUCGGUGGUAAAACCAGCGGUUCCGAAGUUGAAAGGUUCCAUUGAUGUUGAUUCAAGCUUAUAUCUCGGGCCGUAUUUAGAGGCUUCUUGGCGUCGAUCAUACUCAAAUCCGCUGCACCAUGCCAGUUUCGGUGUGGAUGCCAUUCCUAGCGCUGCGCUGCGGGAAGACU